GGUCCCAAGUAGUAGUCCUAUCUUCGAUCCAUAAAUAAACGCUCACUGAACACUAUAAAGCAUGAAAUCACUAGUCUUUGUCUCCGAAACCCCUGAUGGUGCCCAAGGAAAACGACUUGGAAAAUCCAUUCGACACGGAUUAGACGCCAUUGUUUUGCUCCAUUUGCAUACAACAUAAAUUUUCUUUCGCCGCACAUCAGCCUCAGAAAGUAGUACAUACGCCUAUUACCAUUACCGUGGUUUUCACCGCAUAUACGAGGCAUCCGUCGACCGACGCCGACGAUGGUGUUAUGCAAUGAGCCAUGGUAAAUCAUCUUCUGGUCGGGCGGUGCCGGCGGCAAUGAGCCGCGGCUUUGUUACAAUAAUGCAUAGAGAAAAAUCAGUGAAAUGAUAUCCAUUCGGGGGUGCAUGUCUUUGGCCUGUUAGUGAUCUGAAACGGUUCACUUUACACACCGUCAUGAAAUACGGCGGGAGUCACGCCACGCCCCGCCCACCCAAGUGCGGUUGAAAAUGGUGCAACGAACGGCGAAGAAAGUGCUUCACUUUCUUUCCAUGUGAAUGCAGUCAGUGGAGGAAUGAAUUGUUCACGGAAGUCAAGGUUAGGUUGAAUGUGGGUUUGUGUAGUAAUGAAUACAAUGCUCGGCUGUGUGGGCUAGUAAUCAGGUGCAGCGAAAAAGCACUGCCUUGAACGGGAAUAACAAAGAGGUGCAUUGAUGCAUUUCUGAUGCACACUUUCUCCCCCAAUAGAUGUGGCGUCCAUAUUCAAUGAAUAUGAAAGCAAGGGAACGGUUUAUUUUUAUAACAAUGUUAGAGUUGAUUGAAAUGGAGAUAGUUUGUGAACUACAAUGUAAGAAAAAUAAAAAUUAGAGAGCACAGAAUAAUGUGAAUUUAACAUACAAAGUAACUCAUACAUUGCUACAAACAACUCAUAAUAGUGCUUAUCAUAGGUUCCGUGCCUAACUGAAGAUAUCUAAAUCAAUGAUUCUCCACCUGUUCAACAGGAUGCACCUAAUGUAAUUCUAUUAAAAAUUGACUAGAAUGAAUCUGAAAACGGAAGAUUACUAAUGGCACCGUGACCCUAUUUUCAACCUGAAUCAUCUUCGUUGUAUAAUCGAGCAUGUCAAUUGAGUAGAUAGAGGCCUGUCAACUCAUUGUUUGUAAACAUAGUCGAUUUAGCUACAUCAUAACAGAUCUUUAGCAUUGGCUUUAGUCCAAGAACCUUACUUUCGUAAGGGGAAUUUCUAUCUCGGAAGCCUUGUAAACCCGGUGUUUGCUAUUUUCAGCAUAAAUUUAAUGGCAAACUUGCGUGUCAUGCCUCGAGCAUGUGUGUUUGUUAAUAACGCAAUAGUUGAUACACUCAUCUCUGAACUAAACAUCAGAGAUGUAUGUGCUAUUUCAAUUGAUGUAUCUGUUGGAAACCUUAAGGUGAAACGGGACGCCGUGUUAUUUUUCCUAUCUUGCCUCUCUUUCUAACAAUUUGCCUCGCGAUUUUGAAGAUGGUAAUCUCGAGUUCUAUCACACUGAAGAUGCUGAAAAACAAUCAGCAUAUGCACUGCAAGUGAGCAUACACAGUGAUAGGUUUUUGUUGCAAAAUAUUAAGUAGAAUCUGAGAUUACCAUCUUAGUAGCAACAGAGCAAUGGCGGAUAUUUCCCCGACCGUCCCGUCCGCCCUUAACAAGAAAUAUAUCUAUUGUUCGUUUUAUUUACCACAUGAUGAACCAUCCCCUACGGAUGCUUUCAAGCAAGUCAUCACAUACUGCACUUCAAAAGGUCUUCCGCUAAUUGCUGGCAGUGAUGCUAAUGCUAACAAUUUCAUUUGGGGCUAAGACAAUAACUUGAAAGGCUUCAGUAUGAUGAAAUACUUUAUAUACUUAUCAUAGGCAACCACCCAACCUUCAUGGUAUCUGUUAGAGAGGAAGUGUUAGACAUAAUGCUUUGCUCUAGUAGAAUUAGUCACGUGUUGACGAAUUGGUAUGUGUCAGAUGAUGAAGGAUCUUUACCUGAUCAUCGCUACAUCUAUUUUGAACACUUGAAUGUUACAUCGCAAACUUUGCGUUUCAGGAAUCCCCGGUCAACCAUCUGGAAUAUUUUUACGGAUUUGGUUGCAACCGAAUUCCUUGGAUACUCAGCAUCCAUUGACACUUCAAGUGAUUUGGAUGAUGCUGUUCAUAUAUCAACGGCCUUAAUCAUGGAAGCUUUUGAAGAAGCUGUGAAGACCACAAGAAGAAUUCCUUGGUGAAACUCUGAUCAGGCCAGGCUUUAAGGUUGGCUCGCAAAGCCUACGAGAAAACUCUUCCAUCUGGUAAACGGUCUAGCUGGAAAAGCCUUUGUUCAAAUGUUCCCAGUCAGUCGAUUGAACAAAAUCCUUGCGAAAUCUAAGCAUAUCCGAGAAAACGGAAUUUUAUAGAAUCGAUGGAAUGGGCACUAAAUAGUUUUGUUCCUUUCGAAUCUCUUGGGGCAGACAGGAUGAUAUAUUAUAUGCUAUUUUGCAUCAGAAGAGAUUUGAUUAUUUCAAACAUGUUUUGAAAAAAAAAAACUACUUGUUUGCAGUUUUUCUACAACGUAUAUUCCCAAAUCCUAACGGGAUAUUACUGUAAGGUUUGUUCCGAAAGUUGGUCGUGCGUCGUUUGCAGAAGUAAAGAGUGUUCCUUUUAUAUGACAGUUCUGAGGAUGACCGAAAAAUAAAAGUAGGUUGAAACGUAAAACCAAAUUACGAUUUUAAUUUAAUAUCAUCACCGAGAAACACCAAUUAAAAUCGAACAAGAUCAAGUAAGCGGUGAUCAAAGCCAUAUCAAGAGAAGUAAAGAGUUGUAGGUCUAUCCGUUUGACCUCUCGACGGAGCUUUUGACAACGUGCCUUUCGAUGUCAUAUUGAAAGCCGCACGCAGUCAUGGUAUAUCUUCAAUGAUUUCCAAUUAGAUUUACCAAAUUCUCAUAAAACGACAUCUUUUCUCGACAUUACGUCAAGCAGCGAUUAGAAAUUGAGUGUAUGUUGAUGCCCCGAAGGGGCAGUCUUCUUACCGAUUGACAAUAGGACAGAUCGAUGAAGUACUAGAUUUGUAGUGAUGAGCUGAUUUUUUAUAUGGUGAGAAGGUCGAUUCUCCGUUUCUGCAAUGAAAUGGUGCAAAAAGCGUGGGUAUUAUGAUUCCUUGCCUAAUUUGAUGCUGUUUGAGCAAAACUUUGGACAACAGUGUUGUUGUUUUCUCUAUUUCUUGCAACAUAAACAACAUAGUUAUCCAAAGUUUUGCGCAAACAGCAUCAAAUUAGGCAAGGAAUCAUAAUACCCACGCUUUUUGCACCAUUUUAUUGCUGAAACAGAUGAUUGACCUUCUCACCAUACAAAAAUUCAGCUCAUUACUACAAAUCUAGUACUACACCGAACGUGCCCCAUUGAGUUCUUUAGGGGUAUACGGAUUAUUUCAUAAUUGGAAUCUCCACCCAAAAAUUAGUCGAUAUCCAAAAUUUCAUAAUUUUUGGAGUUCAUGAAGUAUUUCUAAAAUGUAUUUAAAGUUUGUUUGAUGAACAUUUUUUGUUCGGGCCGAACUGUCAUUUUAUCGAUUGAACUGUCAUUCUAUCCACGGAAAUCAAAAUUGUUAUGUUAAUUUAACCAUCAAAACAAAGGUAUUGGAACUCAAUAAAAUCACGUUAUACUCAGAAAAAUGAACACUUUCGAUAUGGCUAUAGAAAAUAGCAAUAUAUUAUUCACUAAACAACCCAAUUGACUAUUGAGGCAACUCAAUAAAAGCAACUUUCCUACUUUUGGUUUUGCUGACGACUACCUAACAUUGUUAGUCUGUAUGUGCAUCAGCUUCAGCACCUUUUUCGACCUCAUGCAAAGCGCUCUUCAGGUAGUUGAGGGUUGGUGUCGCCAAUAUGGCCUUUCGGUAAAUGCGAGUAAAUCAUCUAUAGGGCACUGCAUACGGCGGUUGUUAUGAUAUUUUUUCGAAGUUCAUGACGUUUCGUGGCCUUGUUGUUUGCGAAUCGGACUUAAAGCAAUUUCGAGGAGGUUCUUUUGAAUCCCAGGAGGUUUUCGGAAUCCCAGGGAUCAUUCGUGAUUUCCUCACUCCUCCAGGACACUGUUCCAGGACUCCUCCAGGAGUCUCUUGUACGAUUCCCAAGGAGUUCUUGAUGAGAUGAGGUCAUUGUGGAAUUCUGGAAAAUGAAAACGCCGACAAUUUAGCUAGACAGGGUGCGGCAUCAAGCUUUGUAGGCCCUGAACCUUUCUGUGGAGUUCCUGAGUGUGCUCUUCGGAUGAAACUAAAAACUUGGGAAAUGUCCACGGUAGAAUCUAAUUGGAAUGCCACGGAUACAUCCAAGCAAUCACAAAGGUUCAUAAAACCCAGUGCAGAAAAAGCCAGGUCCAUACUGAAUCUAAACAAAAGAGAUCUCAGGGUAAUUACUGGUCUGAUGACUGGCCACUGCCCGAGUAAAUAUCAUCUAAGCAAGAUUGGAAAAAUCCAAUCCUCCGAGUGUCGUUUCUGUCAAACGGAAAACGAAACUGCCGAGCAUUUACUCUGCAACUGCGGAGUGCUGUACCAUCACAGAUUGGCGAUAUUUGGUAAAGGGUUUCUAGAGCCCUUGGAAAUUUGGAGAAGUAAUCCCAACAGGGUAAUAAACUUUAUGAAACGAGUUGUGCCUAGUUGGGAUCAGGUGUUACAUCAACCAUUGUCCAUCACAGCUCAAUUGUUACAGGAUACUUGACUAGCACCAAAUUAAAUAUGGGUCAUACCACAAUAUUCAUAAAUAAUGGACGCAGUGGUUAAAAGGCUCUACAGAUGAGGGAUAAAAAAAAAGUAUUUCAGGAGGUAAUGAAUUUUUGAAAAAUUCCUUCCGAAAUUUGGAAUACUCCUUCCAAUAUUACCCAAGCAUUUUUUCCUGAGAUUUUUACAGGAAUUCCUUCCGUGGUUUUGGUUCCUUUUGUGGUUCCUCAGGGAGCUAUAUCUGAGAUUCUUUUUGGGGUUCCUUCUGAAGUUACCUCUGGGGUCCCUCCAGAAGUUUCUUUUGAGAUUCCUAGCUGGUUCCAUCUCAGGAACUUCUUCCAGAAUUUCUUCUGAAAUUCCUUCUGGGACUUCAAGGGAUUUCUCAUGUCGUUUCGGAAAUCCUCCAGGAAUUUCAUCCGUGAUUCUCCCAAUACCUUCUGAUGAAAACCAGAAGAAUUUUGCUGGAGUAUUUCCUCAAGCAAAUCCUGUAGGAACUUCAUGAGGAAGUCCAUCAACAAAAACUUUAGGAGGCACUUCUAAAAAUACUCUCUUAAAAACUUGUGAAGGAUUUCCAUUAGAAACAUUUUUAGAAGUUCCAGAAUGAACUUCCAAAUGAAUUUUAGAAGGAUCUGCAAGAAUUUCAAACGAAGCUUGAAGGAAUCCGGAAAAGAAUUCCUAGAUGAAUCCCGGAAAGAGUUCCUGCAGAAAUCAUGGAGGAAGCAGUUUCUGAGAGAAUUCCAGAAGAAUUUCCUAGAAUGAGUUCUAAGGGGAAUCCCAGAGAGAGUUCCAAAAGAAAUUUCGGAAAAAAAAUCCUGAAGAAAUCCACGAAGGAGUUCCUGAAAAAAUCCACCUACAAAGAAGUACCUGAAGAAAUUCCAGAAGCAAUUCCUGGCAGAAGCUUAAAAAAUCCCGGAGGAAUCCCUAGGGUCUCCAGUUAGCCUAGUGGUUAAGGCUAUGGAUCGUCAAUCCGGAGACGGCGGAUUCGAUUCCCGUUCUGGUCGGCAAAAUUUCCUCGACUCCCUGGGCAUAGUGUAUCAUUGUGCUUGCCUCACAAUAUACUAAUUCAUGCAAUGGCUGGCAAAGAAAGCCCUCCAAUUAAUAACUGUGGAAGUGCUCAAAGAACACUAAGUUGGAGAGAGGCAGGCCAAGUUCCCGUGAGAACGUCGAGCCAUAUAGAAGAAGAAGAAGAAGAAGGAAUCCCUAAUGGAGCUCCCGAUAGAAUCCUAGAAGUAGUGAGAAAUUCCGGAAGAGGUUCUUGGAGGAAUUUCGGAAGAAAAUCCCGGUGGAAUUACCGUACAAAUUUCUGAAGGAGUUCUUGAAGCAAUUCCAGAAGUAGUUCCUGAAAGAAUCCCGGAAGGAGGUCCUGGAAAAAUACCGAAUUUUUUUGAGGAAUACAGAGCUCCCUGGGAAUCACACAUAAAACUAUCAGGAGGAGUCCUGGAGCAAAUUAGUGGAGAAACCACGAAGGAUUUUUUUGGGAAAAUCGCGAAUGGAAUUCCUGUGGAAUCCCAGAAAAACAUACCGCCAUCGUGCCGUCAUCAUGUCAUAAAUCAGCACACUUUCCCACGCUCGCGCGCUCCACAUUUUGAAUUUGACCAAACCAUCCAAAAGCUGACGAAAGUCCAAAUAAUAAGUAUAGGGUAAGAAAUCAAACUUUGAACUAGUCAAAUUGUAAUCUUAAUUUGAACCAUUUCAAAAUUCAUGAAAAAGACGUACUUUUCAGGCAAAUAUUGUCCCGAAAAAGAUGUUAAACAGCUUUCCGUAAUAUAACCUGAUAACAUGGACUUUAAAAGCAUUGAAAAAAGCGUUUUUGUCAUGGAAAACAGGCAAUUGAAAAAUCACUGCGAUUUCACCCAUUUCCCCCCAGAGAAAGCACAUUUUCAGUGCACUCGUACAGCUCAUACAUUGUAUCACACGCAAUAUGUGAAUACGUCAAAUGAAAGCUUAUUUAUCAUAGAAUCGACCAACCGAAUAAUAUUCCGCAUUAUUUGUCAUAAAAUUAUCAAAUUUAAGUGAUUCUUACUUGGAGAAUGUUAUCUUAAGUUGAACCAUUUGUAAUCUAAAUUUGAACUAGUAAACGGGGGUGAGCUUCUAGUGUUGGCCUGUAGAUUGCGCUAGUGGUUGCUUUGUUUACUCUUGGGGGAUGAAAAAAUCCAAAUUUAGUUUCCAAAUUCCUUAAGAAUUUCGAACAUUCUGAGUUGAGAUUCCACUGCCUAAUGAAAAAUAGGUAUGAGAAUUAGCAGAUUCAUGUGAUUUUUCAUUGUUUAGCAUGGAAUUGGCUGUUUUGGGAGUUGCUCGAGCUGCUGCCGCCAGUAGUUCAAAUUAAGAUUAAAAUUGGUUCAAAUUAUGAUUACGAUGGUUCAAAUUAAGAUUAAAAUCAUUGUUGAUGAAAAAUCAAAUAUUUCAAUGAAAUUCGGUGCAAAUACAAACUUUUUGCCAUUUAACAGAAAGCUUAUACCCGUGGCUUUCAUGUACAUACGAUUUUGCCGUAGUAAAUUAUUUCCAUGUGGGAGAAAAAAUCACUUAAAAUUUGCACUGCUUCAGAAAGCCUCAAUUUGGUUCAAAUUUUGAUUACCUACCCUAUGUACAACUUUGUGGAAAAGAUGUCACUGUGGACAUCCCAAAUUGAGGGACAUGUGAGGUCACAUGAGUAGGCAUGUUAGCCAGACAAACAUCACGGAUAAUCGACAAUGCGUUCCAAGCAUUUCAGAAAGAACGAAGUGUCCUGACAAAUCAGGAACUCAUUCCUUUUUUAUGCAACGCACGCAUCCUUUCGGGAUAAAACUAUAGAGUAUUUUCACGCCAUAAAAAUACUCAAUAGAAAACUACAAACAAGAAAAUAGGGCAAAACUACAUUGGCUCCUGAAGAUUGAAGUAAGAGCUUUUUAGCGCUCACUAAAUCUAACUAUACAAAAGACUCGUUUAUUCAAAGAUAUUUUGAACUUGAACAGAUCAGAGUUCCAUUCAGGAAUACCUCUUGCGGUCCGCACAGACACAGAGGAAUCCCUCCAUACAGGACGACUUGAACUAGCAACAAAAUAUCCGACAAUGUUUUGCCAGACAAGUUAUUCAAGAAAUGGGAAAAUAGAUCGUUUUAGUUACGCUCAUGUGAAAUUGAACGCGAUAAAUGUUCCGAGUUUCCUGAAAAUUCCGACUGGAUGGGCACCCUGUAACAGGGUCCCUGUUAUGAGAUCAAGCUCGAGAUGUUUCGGAUCGUGUCUUGUUAUUAACUGCGUGCAGAUACACACAAGAUAUAUCAUGCACUAUGCUGCCAGCGUUAAGGGUACAAAAAGAAGUUAGAACACGUAUUUGCUUAGAAAUGCUGAAGAAAAAAAUCGCCUGGAACAACUAUGUCCGUUGUAAAUUGCGUAGAAGCAAAAAAUGGGAAGUGUGUGGACAAAGCAGAUGUGCUACUUAUAAUGUGAGCGAUUCCUUCGAUUGUAAGUUAUAAAAGCCCAACCUGAUUACAGAAUAAGGCCAGUUUUUCUUGUAGUGUUGAAGUGGACAUGAACAGUGUUUUAGACUCAUCUUGAUUCUUUACUAGUCGAUCGUGGUAGAAAUGGUUUCCGGUGCUACUACCACGAUCUCUUUGAUCAAGUCUCCAAUAAUACAGUGAUUGUGACAAGCAAAAUGUUUUCGAUUGGCGUCUUCAAAUUCUUGUAAUCUGGUUUCAUAAACAUUUGACUGAAGUUCAUGGAACUGAGAACUCCAGCAACAACUUUCUAUGGAUGUUGCAGAAAACUAUCUCUUCUCUACAUUCGACAUUUUUGUGGUAGAUCAUUUUUAUUUCAAAAACUAUUUGGUCGCGAGAAUAUCAAACAUUUGUUCAACUUCACUUUAUUAGAUCGUCAGCAAACACAGAUUCGUAAAAUUUCCAAUAACAAUCUUAUACUGAGCCAAUUGCACCAGUUAGCAACAAAAGAACCUAUAAUUAACAUCCACUCACAUAUGGGAAAUUAUGGACCCCCAUUACGUCAGGACUUUCUGCGAUGAUUAACGACCCUAACAGUGUAGGUAUCUGGUACCGACCCGGAGAUUCAUAAUCGGUGCCACGCUGUUGAUCAGAUUGUAUGCAAAUUUGGUAUACUAUCUGGCCACCACCGUUAGAAGCAGCAACAGCACUAGCAGUAGCAUAUCGCGCGAUCCGAUUGAUACGGUCAGUGCAAUAUCAUAGUAACAAGAUAUCAUUGCCCAGUGCCAGUGGCGGGUUAAGGCCUUUCGUAUCUCUACUUUGAGGAAAAGUGGUUGAUUUAUCGUUGGGAGGGGGAUGAUUUCCCGAUUCCCACCGCCACCAUCAUCAAAGGUAAUUGAUAAAUGGUGCUGUUUACGCGUUAAUUAAAUUUGAAUUCACCGACGAUGUGGUGCACGAGGAGUCAAAUAAUAGGAACCAUCCCGGCCGCGAAUCGAUCAUUCUAGUUCGGGACGGGUGAGUGCCAAGUGCGUCCAUUCAAAGCGUAUGAAUGAACUGAAAGAAAAGCGUGUCACCAACUUUGAAGAAUAAUUGGAGUAAUUAGGCUAGGGCGACCAGGAACGGUGGAACAUUUGGUCGGGAUGGAAUUCGAACAGGAAUAUACUGACGAGGAGACGCUCAAUAUCGAGAACGAGUUUAUGCGACUGAAAGGCAAACACUACAUGGACCACGCCGGUACAACCCUGUACGCCGAGUCGCAAAUUCGGGCCAUCCAGGACCUUCUCGCACAGAACCUCUUUUGCAACCCGCACAGCAGUCCUAUGACGGGCAAUCUACUGCAACAAGUGCGACACCGUUUGCUCCGAUUCUUCAACACCGACGCCUCGAACUACAGCUUGGUGUUCACGUCCGGCGCCACCGCCAGUCUAAAAUUGGUGGCAGAGAGCUUCCAAUUCCGGCCACCAGAUGCUACCGAGUCGGACGAGACGGGUGCUUUCGUAUACCUGCGGGACAAUCACACCUCGGUUCUGGGGAUGAGGGCGAUUGUUGCCACCGGUCGGAUCGAUCCGCUCGAACCGGAAGACUUUCUGCGACACUUGAAGGUUUCGGCAAGGGGGAACGGUCGAACGCGACCGUCGUUGCUGGUGUUCCCGGCACAGAACAACUUCAACGCGGCCAAGUACCCGCUGGAUCUGAUCGAAGAGGUACAACAGAACGGUUUGACCGGGUACGACGAUGAGCGGUUCUACGUGUGUCUGGACGCGGCGAGUUAUGUGUCGACGAACUUCCUGGACUUGAGCCGCUAUCAACCGGACUUUGUGUGCAUGUCGUUUUACAAGAUUUUCGGGUAUCCAACUGGUUUGGGAGCACUGCUGAUCCGGAAAGGAUCGGAGAACGUAUUGGAGAAGAAGUACUACGGCGGAGGAACGAUCAAGAUCAUGCUGAGCGGACAGAAUUUGCACCUGAAGCAUGACGAUCUGGUUACGCGAUUCGAGGACGGUACGCAACCGUUUCUCUCGAUCAUUUCCUUGCUGGAGGGGAUCAACACGAUACAGCGCUUGAUCCCGGCGGCUAACGGGUAUCGCUCCAUGGAGCGAAUUUCCAAGCACGUGUUCAAUUUGGCAAAAUACUGCUAUCGAAGGCUGGCCACACUGCAGCACGCCAACGGUAAGAAGGCGAUUCUAUUUUAUACGGAUACACGAUACGAAACACGUGAUCGCCAGGGAGGAAUCGUCACGUUCAAUGUGCUGAAAGAUGACGGAAGUCAUCUGGGCUUUUCGGAGUUCGCGAAGGUUGCAGCUCAACAUCAAAUCUACGUUCGGACGGGUUGUUUUUGCAAUGCCGGUAGCUGUCAGAGACACCUCGGUCUCACCGACGAUGAUAUACUGAUGUUCUAUGAAAUGGGUAAAGUCUGCGGGGACGAUACGGAUAUGAUCGAGGGACAGCCUACCGGAACGGUACGGGUUUCCUUCGGCUACAUGAACAAAAAGGAAGACGUCGAUCGACUGGUGGAGAUAAUAAGCGAUUGUUUCGUUUCCAAGACGGCGAGUAAUGUAGCAAAGGUGAGCCCUAUGAGGAACGAGAUUCAGAACGAAGGCAUCGCGUUGAAAGCGAUCUACAUUUAUCCGAUACGAUCAUGCGGCGGAUACCGAGUCACUAGCGCUUGGCCAUUAACCCAUUGUGGUCUGAAGUACGAUCGAGAGUUCACGAUCGUAGAUAGUAAUGGGAACCCAUUGAUGCGAACCAAGCAUGCCGAGAUGUCCACUAUCCAUCCCAAGAUUGACCCAAGUCUUAACUUUCUCAUCUUGACGCAUCCCUUCAUGCAGGAUUUGAUUUUGAAAAUCAAAAAACUCCCGAAGGAAUCCGACGACGCGGAUUCGAUCGACUUGGGUGACGUGGCAGCCGAAUGGGUCAGUAAAGCUCUGCGAAUGCCGAGACUUCGUUUGAUGCGAAGUUCUACCACGGACGAACGGAAGCCGAUUCAUAAACUUCUGAUGAUCAAUUGGGACGCAAUGAAGUUGUUGAGCGAUGGCGAAGGCUUCGAAAACGGUUCCACGAUGUCCUGGCUAGUUGAUCACUUCCGUGGCAGUUUGAUAGUGGAAGGGAACGCCCAAGAGGACUUACAGGCGUGGCAGGAGGUGCAAAUAGGUAAAAAGCAUUUCAAGGUGAUGGCUAACUGCACCCGAUGCCCGAUGAUCCACGUGGAUCAAUCGGGAGAAUCCAUUCCAGCGGAUUCACUGAAAGCGAUCGCCAACGUGUUCACCAAAAAGAUUCCCCUAGGAGUUCAUUUAUCGCCUGUAAACGAAGGAUUCCCGGAAGGAAUUCUAGAAUGUGGAACGGCAUUGGAGCCAGUACGUCAUAACAACCUCUCAAAAGCUCAACUCAUCAAAGACUCCGUUUCCAUGAGGUACAAUUUUCUCGUCAAAUAAACCGCUUACAUUUUUUGCCAUAUCAGACUUAGUUUUUAUUUCAAGAAUCACAGCCCUACGCCACAGAAAUCCGCCCCCUCUGUCAGUAGUAAACAAACAUCGCCACACUGCUGUUUACUAUUAUGCAAAUGCAAAUGCUGCAAAACGGAGUCGCGAGUCUACCGACGACGAGUUCCCAGCAAACAUCGUUCAUAUGCAAUUUGCCUAGCUGUUUUGCAAAUUUUUUGCACGAUGAUUACUAGAGAGCUCACUAUCUCCCUCAUAAGCGGUGUCCUCCUGCUAUGGUUGAUGCGGCAUGCAGAGCAGUAGAGAUGCACUUUUUUGCCAGUCCAAACAAUUUUAAGCUCGGUUACCGGCCGUAAUCGGUACAGGUGCACUACACCCGGUUCCAGCUGAACCAUUUCCCACAUUUGAAGAAGUAACAUCAACACCGUUCUGAUAAGCAGACAAGCUCAUAUUACAGCUCGUUCGGUUCGGUGUUUAUCUGUGCCUUUCUGUCUGUCUGUCGGCGGCAUCGGCAGUGUGUGGAAUCGUUCGGUUCGGUUGUGAGCUAAUUAUUAAUUCUAAUUGUUGUAAUUACCUGGCGGUCCUAGUUGAACCGAAACACGACACGGUCGUUUGGAAAACAAGUGGGACGUCGUUGACUGCGGUGCAUUUAGCGAAAGCGUGAUGUAACUGCGUGGUGUGGUUCGUUACGGGGUGACUGAACAACAGAUAUGUAAUGCAUGUGUUGGGGAUCGAUCUACUUAAAGAAACCUGGGUAGAAUACUUCCAGCGUUAUGGCUUAUAUGGUUUUACUUGGCUUAUAUUACGCAUUUAGCUCACCACUGGACUAUCACAGAAGUAUUCAUUAGUGCGAAAACGCGACAAAUCCGCGUGGUGUCUUCGGAGAACUUAUAGGUACAGCGUAGAUCGAAGAAAUAGUGCGCUGUAGACACCAACUCGAUUUGUUGCAAUUGCGAACUUUUUUACAGAUUUUCGCACUUAUGAAAACUAAGUGCGCAGUCCAGUUUGGAACGUAAUGCGCAAUAACAUGUACGACAAAGAUCGUGCACCGCGCGCGUAGAAAUGUUCAAGCUUUGCGUUGCAACUUUUCAGGCAGGACUAACUUUGAGUUUGUAAACAAACAGUAUCAAACUGUUUCGAUUUUGUAUUCAUGAAAACUGAUUUUUCACCUUAUGCU